GAAGAGAACAUUUGGAAAGGUAUGCCAAAGCAGUUUGAUACACACCAGAAGACCUAUACCAGAUUUAAAGGUGGCAUUUCAAUCUCCUGGUUCUCACUCUUAAUUUUUUUCUGCGCUUGUGGGGAAUUUUUCUGAAAUUGCGCUUGAAAGUGCGCUUUUGGCUGUUAUUUGUGGUGCCAACUGAACGUUGAAAAGUGGAGAUGAAUUCUACCGCUUUCAAUCAAACGGAGAGCUCAGGACUUUUCAAUAAGACUGAAGAUAUUUUUUGUUGUAACUUUUCAUCAGUGGUGACUGAUAAUGGUUUCGUGGCGCCGACUCCGGAUGAGAGAAGUCUCUUUCUCAUGAGAGUUGUCCAGAUUGCCGUUAUGUGCGUGUUAUCGCUCACGGUGGUUUUCGGUAUAUUCUUUUUGGGCUGCAACCUUCUCAUUAAGUCAGAGGGAAUGAUCAACUUUUUGGUGACGGACAGAAGACCAUCCAAAGAGGUAGAAACAGUCAUUGUUGGGGCAUAUUAGUAGCCCAAAGAGCGCUUUUGGAGACUUUGUCAAAAUGAUUUGUCCUACCACUGAUGCCCAGAUGAUUAAUCCAGUUUUCACCAACAGCAGAGAGACGGAGCUCAAUUUUCACAUAAAAUCCAGUCUCCAUUGUUCAUUUCUUGUCAGUUGACGAAAAUGUAGGAUCCAGCAGGUGACUGAACAGUCAGGGGACAAAUUAGGGGUAGGGCUAAACAUUUUAAGGACACACAUCUCCAAGAAGUAUAUAGCCAAAAUCAUCUUUCACUUUUUGUUAAAGACAAACAAACAAUGUCAAUUGAAUUGUACUAUCAUUUGAAUUGGACGCACUAGAUUGUUAUAGCCUAUUUGUCAACGUGACAAUCGUUUUUUACUUCUAACACUUUCUCGUAUUGCUAAAGCAAUGGGGAUGAAUGAAUGUUUUUGAAAAAUACCUAUGUGUUUUUGCAUACAAUAUGCAAGUCAGUAUUAUGAUUUAGUCAAUGUGUCUAAUGGGUUUCCUAUUGAACAUUUGUAAAUAGUGAGUGGUUAAAUGCAUGGAAGGUGGAUAUAUAAUAAAACAACAGUAGUUUAUCUUUGUUUAUUGAAAUAAAUUCAUCAUGUAAUUAUGUUGACGUUUUCAGUUUGAGCGAUUCUGAUUGUCCAUCAAUCUGCUCUGUGUUCAUUUCAAACAAUCAUGGCCACAGUAUGACUAUUUCAGUUGUAUUGAGAUCAUUCUGAUUACAAAACCCUUCAAAUGAUAACAUUUUAUACUGUAUCAAUAUAUUAAACAUGUACUGUUUAUUAUUUUAAUAUCACCACAUUUAUUUUUGCAGCAUAUUCUAUUGAAAGUGUGGAAAUGUCAUAAUUGACAGGGCACAUUGAGAGAAAAUGUGUGACAUUAGCACCUUGUUGGAGAUUGACUCUUGGAGCCCCCAAUGGUGAACCACUGAAACCAAUGUGAUGAGCAAGGUUGCUUUUUCCAGGAUUGAUGUGUGACGUCCUAGUCCCAUUGAUCAGUCUGGGGUUUAAUGGAAACCUGCCUGACAGUGUUCGUACCAUAUCAGAUGCUCAGAAAACAUAUACACUCUAAAUGAUGGGUUAAAAAAACAACCCAACUAUUCUUUAGUGUGUCGGAUAUUGUAGUGUGACCACAUUUAGACCUCUCUUUGUCUGGGGACCUUGAACAUGAUUAACUCACAAAUGCAUGGUGUUAUAACAAUCCACUAUAUAGGACUUAUCUUGGUUUGAUCAAUUCAUUCUCUCUAAUGUGGUGGUCUCCUGUUUUCUAUAACACUCUUAGACAUAUGCACAUGAUUUCAAUUCAUUAUAUAAACAUAUUUUUUGGGGUGUUUUUUUUUUUAACCUUUAUUUAACCAGGCAAGUCAGUUAAGAACACAUUCUUAUUUUCAAUGACGGCCUGGGAACAGUGGGUUAACUGCCUGUUCAGGGGCAGAACGACAGAUUUGUACCUUGUCAGCUCGGGGGUUUGAACUCGCAACCUUCCGGUUACUAGUCCAACGCUCUAACCACUAGGCUACGCUGCCGAUGGUUUGAAAUACAUGUCAUUUUACACACUAUAUGUAUUGAUUGCACUGCAGUCAGAGAUUGUGACAUUUUCUCCUUCUCUGUCUGUAUUAUGUAGUUGUUCCUGUAUAGACCAUAGUGUGGCUUCUCUCCCCUCAGUGAAAGCAUCUGUUGUUCUGCCCCCCCCCCCCCCACCCCAGCUUCCCCCAAUGCAGCCCCCCGGGGGGAACCAAACAGUCCCUCCUCAAAAAUGACUUGUCUUGUCAAAUCAAACCAAGGAGGACUGCACUGCACAAACUGCUACACUCUGAUAAGCCACCUGUGCCCCUGCUCCAAUGGAACGGUGUUAAAGUUGAAAAGCGUCUAAAGUCGUUUCACUUCCUCCGAAAUCACGCUUCCUGCCUGCCUUGCCGUCGAGGACAAAUCAAUCUGGUGACCCACCCUUUACAGUUUACUGAAUCGCGUUUGACAAGGCCCAUUAAGAUGUGUUAUGAUUGAUGGACGGCAGCAUAGCCUACGGGGUGUGUCACCGGCCGAAGUCCCAAACCACUCUCUAUCUCACCUAAUAAUUACACUUGAAUGCUAGUGAGACAUGAGUGUCAUAACAAAUAGAACAUUUUGUUUGAUAAAUGUUCUCUCAAACUAAUACUAUAUCAUUAAGUAUUUUGUGUGCAGCCAUUACAGGUACUUCAUGAUAUUCCCAUUUGCCCUUGAUAAAAUCCUAAGCAUAACAACUUUGAUAGUAUCUGAUGCGUAAGUGUCAAUUCGGUUGAAUGAGAUUAUACAUUCAACACCAACCUGAACUCAGUGAAGUUCAGUUAACCCAAUGAAGUGUUACCCAUUAGAUGAAAUGAUCAGCCAUCAUAGAGAUAUGGAUAAUUAGAUUACCCUGAACAAGUUAGUGGUAGCCAAUGAGUUGUGGAAACUGAUCCUAUCUAAACUAUGGAAAAAUAAUCUAGAUGAUUGUAUUUAUAUAGCUUAAACUGUGUUUAGUAUCAUCCAUGUAUUAAGCCAGCUGAUUUAUAGACUGUAUAUUUUCAUCCAAAUAUCUUCUCUCUUCCUGUAUUUAAUUGUAUUGUAUUAUAAUAGUCAUUGCAUUAUUAAACAUGUAUUUCAUUUAUUUGAA